GAGACCCGGAGAGAGAAGGAGGGAGAGGAAGGAGAGAGGAGGAGAGGGGGCUGCAGGGUGAAAAGCAGAAUCCCUGGCAGGGCAGGGAGGGAAGCGAACAGGGCAAAGAGGGAUAACAAACUUCAGUAGGCUUCGGUUGCAGGCUAAACCGGGUCAAUGUGUGGAAUAUUGCUGGUACCGGCUGGAAGUUGUUCUAGAUGGACGGCACUAUUAAGGAGGCUCUGUCGGUGGUGAGCGACGACCAGUCCCUCUUUGACUCCACGUACGGCGCUGCCACUCACCUCCCCAAGGCAGAUAUGACAGCCUCAGGGAACCCUGACUAUGGCCAACCACACAAAAUCAACCCUUUGCCUCCUCAGCAGGAAUGGAUUAACCAACCUGUCCGGGUCAAUGUCAAAAGGGAAUAUGACCACAUGAAUGGAUCGAGGGAGUCCCCUGUAGACUGUAGCGUGAACAAAUGCAGCAAACUCGUCGGAGCAGGGACAGAGUCCAACCCCAUGAGUUACAGCACCUACAUGGAUGAGAAGAAUGGACCUCCUCCCAACAUGACCACCAAUGAGAGGAGAGUCAUUGUCCCAGCAGAUCCCACGCUGUGGACCCAGGAGCACGUGCGCCAGUGGCUGGAAUGGGCUAUAAAGGAGUAUGGCUUGAUGGAGAUUGACACCACCAUCUUCCAGAACAUGGAUGGCAAGGAGCUCUGCAAGAUGAACAAGGAUGACUUCCUCAGAACCACCUCCCUCUACAACACAGAAGUCCUCUUGUCUCACCUCAGUUACCUCAGGGAAAGUAGCUCACUGCUGGUCUACAACACUCCACCCCACACAGAAACCUCCUCACGUCUUGCCACCAAAGAAGGCCCUCCUGUUGCAGGGACACAGAAUGUGAACAAGACAACAGAACAGCAACGACCCCAGCCAGAUCCCUACCAAAUCCUGGGGCCCACCAGCAGCCGUCUUGCCAAUCCAGGCAGCGGGCAGAUCCAGCUGUGGCAGUUCCUCCUGGAGCUGCUGUCGGACAGCUCCAACGCCAGCUGCAUCACGUGGGAAGGGACCAACGGGGAGUUCAAGAUGACAGACCCCGACGAGGUGGCGCGGCGCUGGGGAGAGCGCAAGAGCAAGCCCAACAUGAAUUACGACAAGCUGAGCCGAGCCCUGCGAUACUACUACGACAAGAACAUUAUGACCAAAGUGCACGGCAAGAGGUAUGCCUACAAAUUUGACUUCCAUGGCAUUGCCCAGGCUCUGCAGCCUCACCCCACCGAAUCCUCCAUGUACAAGUACCCCUCGGAUCUCUCCUACAUGCCGUCGUACCACGCCCACCAGCAGAAGGUGAACUUUGUGCCCCCUCACCCUCCUUCCAUGCCUGUCACGUCCUCCAGUUUCUUCGGAGCAGCUUCCCCUUAUUGGACCUCCCCUGCAGGCAGCAUUUAUCCGAACCCCAACGUCCCUCGCCACCCCAACGCCCACGUAUCUCCACACUUGGGCACCUAUUACUAGAUGCUUUUAUCUCCAAGUGGCCUUUGACAGUCUGGUUGGACUUGAUCUUUACUUCUGGGAUUUCUAUGGGGGUUUUG